AUGGCUCUGACUUUAUAUAAACCAUCCGUUCCCGCUGCUGUCGAGUCAGGCGAGAUCCAGAGACAUCAAUGCUUUGUCGGCGAGAUCCUUCAAAUCGGACUGAGCGUCAACAGCACCAAGCUGGCAGUCAAGGACCAAGACGGCAACAACCUUCGCAUCGGUUUCACCUUCACCCCUGACACUUACGAUAAAGAAUGUAUCCCAUUAGGCCUCCUGAAACGAGGCCUUACUAUCCUGGUUCUGACCGCAUCGAUCGAGGACUUGCCUGGUGGCGGGAAGAGCAUUAAGGUGCUCGACCCGCGGCUCGUCAAGGGGUGCCAGGAAACUGCGGUUCAUCAUGAGGAUCACAAAGUACAUUGUGCGGUUCUGCGUGAUCCAGAUAUGAUUCCCUUCUUUAGCAAGCAGUGGAAGUGCUUGCAGGAGUUCCGUUGCGUGUCUUUGCAGAGUCUGACGGCCUGCCAACCCACCAACAUCUUCCAAGCCACUCAACAUAGCCAUCUAGCUGCCCCAUUAGGCACCGUCCUGUACAAUAGAAGCCAAAUCCAAGCCCUUCCACUCAAUGAGGCUCAUAGCACCCCCUCAGGUCAAAUCAAGUCCCUCCAGGACCUGUGCGAUUAA